AUGGUCGUUCAGGAAAUGGCUACUACUAUCAAGGCGGUGGACAUAAGCCGAGUGAGGGCUACUACGGUGGCUCCUUCACAGGCUGGUGAAGCCAGUCACUGGAGUGGCAGGGACGACAACUGGCCUGACUUGCAGGAUCGAUAUCACAAUCACAAGAUCGAUAUCACAAGAUCGAGCACAGCUUCGCGCAUGGAUGAGGCAUGA